UCCAAUCACAGCUGGGCUGCUGGCCGGGCCUCAGCCAAUGGGAACGAGGGCCAGGCUUUAUAUGCUGAAGCCCCCAGCCCGGACUCUUGGGUCACCUAUUGUGCAGGAGUGAGACAAGGCAGCCCCUGGGACUCUGCAGGCUUCGUUUCUCCUGGUCAGGACUUGCCGUCAGCCGCCACCAUGCCUUUCGGAAACACCCACAACAAGUGCAAGAUGAACUUCCCUGCGGAGGAAGAAUUCCCCGACCUCAGCGUGCACAACAACCACAUGGCCAAGGCGCUCACCCUGGACAUAUACAAGAAGCUGCGGGACAAGGAGACGGCCAGCGGCUUCACCCUGGACGACACCAUCCAAACCGGCGUGGACAACCCAGGUCACCCCUUCAUCAUGACGGUGGGCUGCGUAGCUGGUGACGAAGAGUGUUAUGACACCUUCAAAGACCUUUUUGACGUCGUCAUCCAUGACCGCCACGGAGGCUACAAACCCACUGACAAGCACAAGACUGACCUGAACCAUGAAAACCUGAAGGGCGGUGAUGAUCUGGACCCCAACUAUGUGCUCAGCAGCCGCGUGAGGACCGGCCGUAGCAUCAAGGGCUACACCCUGCCCCCCCACUGCAGCCGGGCUGAGCGCCGGGCCGUGGAGAAACUGUCCAUCAAAGCCCUGAACAGCUUGACCGGAGAGUUCAAGGGCAAGUACUACCCGUUGAAGAACAUGAGCGACGCGGAGCAGCAGCAGCUAAUCGACGACCAUUUCCUCUUCGACAAGCCCGUCUCCCCACUGCUGCUCGCCUCCGGCAUGGCCCGCGACUGGCCCGACGCCCGGGGCAUCUGGCACAACGACAACAAGACCUUCCUGGUGUGGGUGAAUGAGGAAGACCACCUGCGGGUCAUCUCCAUGCAGAAGGGGGGCAACAUGAAGGAAGUUUUCCGGCGCUUCUGCGUGGGGCUGCAGAAGAUUGAGGAGAUCUUCAAGCAGGCCGGCCACCCCUUCAGCUGGAGCGAACAUUUGGGCUACAUCCUGACCUGCCCCUCCAACCUGGGCACCGGCCUGCGUGGCGGUGUCCACGUCAAGUUGCCCCAUCUCAGCAAACAUGCCAAGUUCGAGGAGAUCCUGAAGCGUCUUCGCCUGCAGAAACGCGGCACAGGUGGCGUGGACACAGAGGCCGUGGGCGCCGUGUUCGACAUCUCCAAUGCGGACCGGCUGGGCUCCUCCGAGGUGGAGCAGGUGCAGCUGGUGGUAGAUGGUGUGAAGCUGAUGGUGGAGAUGGAGAAGAAACUGGAGAAGGGCCAAGCCAUCGACGACAUGAUCCCUGCCCAGAAGUGAGGGGGCCCCCUGAUCCUGGGCGGCCUGGGGCUUGGACUCCGGGGUGACCCCAACCCUGCCACUCGUAGCAGCAGCUCCUGGUGCUCGUCUCUCCCCUGUGAGGGGCUCCGAGUGCCGGGGGCAGCUGCCCUUUGCCAGCUGGGAAGCUCUCCUCCUGGGAGCCCCGGUGGACGGAGUUAAUAAAGCAAACGAUCGGCCCCAGAGCCUUGUCUCCCCCCCACA